AUUAAGAAGACCAAUUAAGUCAUCGCUGCUGAUCUGCUACUAUACACGCGUUUUCAAAGUUCUUUAACACAAAUCUUUACUUCAUAGCUCCAAAGGCAUAUAGUAUACUCAGAUUUCGAUCGAGUAUGGCAUCAUCAUCAUCAUCUUCAUCUUCAUCUUCAUCUUCAUCUUCAUCGUAUGCUUGCAUGACGUAUGAUGUUUUCUUGAGUUUUAGGGGCGAGACACGAGGAUCAUUUUCCGAUCAUCUCUAUGCAGAUUUAAGGCGAGCUGGGGUUAACAUCUUCCGGGAUGAUGAAUCAAUCCGGAGAGGAAAGGAUAUUUCUGUUGAGCUAUCUAGAGCCAUAGAAGAGUCAAGGAUAUCCAUCAUCGUAUUCUCCAAAGACUAUGCCGGAUCCAGAUGGUGUCUGAAUGAGCUUGUGAAGAUCAUGGAGUGUAAACAAAAGUUGAAUCAGAUUGUUUAUCCCAUAUUUUACCAUGUUGAUCCUUCAGAAGUUGGUAAACAUACAAGCACCUUUGGUGAUGCAUUGGCUCUACACAAACAACGAUUUGGGGAUCAGAAAGUUAAUGAGUGGAAAGAUGCGCUCACUGCAGCUGUUAACUUGUCUGGAUGGGAUUUGCAAACUAUGUCAAAUGGGUAUGAGUCAAAUUUCAUUGAGGUGAUUACUAAAGAAGUGCUACGGGUGCUGAAUUUUAUGCCCAUGAAUGUUGCAAAGCAUCCUAUUGGAAUUGAUUCUCAUGUUAGACAAGUACUUAAUUUAUUACAAAUUCAAACAAAUGAUGGUGUUCGAAUGAUUGGAAUUUUUGGUAUGGCUGGUGUUGGGAAAUCAACCCUUGCUAAAGCUAUAUACAAUCACUUGACCAUGAGUUUUCAAGGGUUUGAAGGUAGUUGUUUUGUUGCAAAUAUUAGAGAAGAAGUUUCUAAUAAGGGACGACACAAUGGUCUAGUUGGUUUACAAGAGAAACUUCUUUACAAAACACUCAAGAGAAAGAAUUUUGAAAUCGAUAAUGUUGAUGAAGGAAUAAAUUUGAUCAAAGCAAGGCUUCGAUCCAAAAAGGUUCUUAUUGUUCUUGAUGACAUAGACCACAUAAGUCAAUUAGAUUCAUUAGCAGGUCAGCGAAAUUGGUUUGGGUCAGGUAGUACAAUUAUAAUAACAACUAGAGAUUUUCACUUGUUGAGUGAGCUUGGAACACAAGAGAAGUACAAGGUUAAAACAUUAAGCAUUGAUGAUUCCUUGCAACUCUUAAGUUGGCAUGCUUUUGGUGUUCCUAUAGUAUUAGAGGAGUAUACUGAAGUAUCCAAAAUGAUAGCAAGUUAUACUGGGGGACUUCCAUUAGCACUUACCAUUAUAGGUUCUCAUUUGCAUGGAAGAUCGGUGCAAGAGUGGUUCGAAGAUGUUGAGAAAUUAAGAAGCAAUCCUCGUGACGAUAUUCAAACAAUUCUUGAAAUAAGCUAUGAUGCACUUGAUAGUGAUACUAAAAACAUCUUUCUUGAUAUUGCUUGUUUUUUUGUUGGGCAUGAGAAAAAACACACUGCUAUGAUAUUGGAAGCUUGUGACUUUCAUGCUAAAAGUGGAAUCAGAAGUUUGAUAGAAAGAUGUUUGUUAACAAUAGAUGGAGAUGGAAGAUUUGAAAAGCUUAAGAUGCAUGCUUUAGUACGGGAUAUGGGAAGAGAAAUUAUUCGAAAGGAAUCUCCAAGAAAUCCUGGCGAACGAAGUAGAUUGGUGGACCCAAAUGAUAUUUUUGAUGUUCUACAAGGCAACAAGGGCACAAAAGCAAUUGAAGGGAUGAUCAUAAACUCUAACAUGUUAAAGAAUGUGCCUUUGAGUAUGGAAGUAUUCACAAGGAUGGUAAAUUUGCGAAUACUCAUAUUAGAUAGUGUGUCUCUUACAGGAUCUUUUAAAUAUUUGUCCAAUGAGAUUAGGCUUUUAAGGUUGCGUAAUUGCCGUUUGAGUCACAUACAAUCAGAUUUUCAUUGUGUGAAACUUGUUGUGUUAGACUUGAGCUAUAGCAAUAUCGAAGAAUUUCAACCCAAUAUGCAGCAUUUUUUAUGCUUGAGGAUGUUAAAGCUCAGUUUUUGUGAACAACUUAAGAGUACACCAGACUUUACUGGGGCACAAAGUCUUCAAGAAAUAUGCUUCGGAUGGUGUUCAAAUUUGGCAAAUGUGCACCCAUCAAUUGGAAGUUUGGAGAGGCUUGUUAAGUUAGAUUUUUGGGGUUGCAAGAAAUUGAAGGUGCUUCCAAGUAGCAUUUGUAAGUUAAAAUCUCUUGAGGGGUUAGUUUUACAUGGUUGCAAGAACCUGAGGGAGCUUCCAAUUGACAUUGGAAAAUUAGAGCAACUAAGAACAUUAGAUGCUAGAGAAGCUGGUAUCUCACAUUUACCCAUUUCUUUUGGAUGUUUGAGAAGUCUAUUGUCACUGAAUCUGAGAGUGCUUGUGGGUUCAGUAGCUGUUGAUUUUUUUCCAUCUUCAACUGUGAAUUUAUGCUCAUUGGAAACUCUGACUGUGAGUUUGAACAAAUCACAGCAGCAAGUAAAUCUUCCAAUUGCUCUUGGGAGUUUGACCUCAUUGACAGAUUUAGAGUUAUCAGGAAUUUGGUAUCUUGAAAACCUAUCGUUGGACCUUUGUCAUCUCUCCAAUUUGAGAAAGCUCGUCCUCACGGAUUUGCAAAAUCUUAGACAACUUUUAAAACUUCCACCUAGUUUGAAGGAUCUUAUUGCAUACGAUUGCGAGUCAUUAGAAAAAAUUGCAGAUAUAUCCAACUUAAGAAGACUUGAAAGUUUGAGUAUUGUGCACUGCAAAAGUUUGGUUGAGCUUUCAGGCUUAGAGAGUGUUGAAUCCUUACAACAGCUCAAAAUAGCACAUCACAAAGCUCUCACUAUCCCUUAUAACUAUUUGCUAGAAUGCCUACAAAUAAUCGAUCUUGGAAGUUUGACCUCAUUGAAAUCUUUAGAUUUAUCGGGGUGUGGCUAUCAUCUUCAAAGCUUACCCUUCAGCCUUUCUCAUCUUUCUAAUUUGAAACGUCUCAAAUUGAAUGAUUGGCAAAAUCUAAGAGCAUUGCUACAACUUCCUCUUAGUUUGGAGCAUCUCUCUGCAGAAAACUGUGUGUCAUUGGAAAAAAUAGAAAACUUGAAAAGACUGGAAUGGUUGUAUAUUCGCAAUUGCAAAAGUUUGGUUGAGCUUCCAAGAUGGGAGAGUCUUGAAUGUGUUGAUAUAACAAAUUGCAGUGGUUUGAGAAUUCCUUCGAUUGAAAAUUGGUUCCAGGCACGUUCUGAAGGUAAUACUGUCCAGAUUUCGCUAAAUGUCGGCAGAGGUUAUGUAUGUUGCAGGAUUCCAAGACUUUUGGGGCAUACACCCAUUAACAUCAUUAAUAGUGGUUUUGAUGGUAAUGAGGAGUUUGAUGGAGUUGGUGUUAGUGUGAGAAGCAAAACCAAUGUUGCUCAUUUGAUGGUAAAGGAACGUCAGAAGUAUAAUUUCUUUAAGGAAAAAGAAUUUGAGGUGGAAACAAUUAGGGGGAUUGGAGAAGUAUUGGAGGUGUAUGCUCAUUUCCAUCCACCUCUGCAGAAGAAGAAGAAGAUGCAGCAGCUUUAUUGUUUAUUUGAAUUACAUAGAAACUCAGAUGGAGAAGUGCGUUUCUUUCCAUCCACAAGAGGCUUUCUACAAAUUGAUAUUGAUGGAACAACAGAAAAUGAAAUUAGAUUAAUGGGCAUACAAGAAAGUGAUGAUUCUUCAGCAAGUAAUGUAGAAGAAGAAGAAGAAGAAGAAGAAGAAGAAGAGCAGAAGAAUUAUGGUUGGAGAAGAAGAUGUUGCAGCAGCAUCAUUCCAGAGUUUGUCCUUAAAUGUUUUUGUUGGGAUGAAGAUAAUGGAUGCUGAAGAAGGCACUGGUAUUGGAAGUGCAUGUAGUUUGGAGAAGACACAACAGAACAGAAGAUAGAUAAUGUUGCAGCAUAUAUUAAUUUGGGAGUUUAAUUUCUCCUUUAACUGUUUUUCUUGG